GAGUCAGCAAGGAGACCCGUACCAAUUUGCGGCGGAUUAUCACGAUUUUCUCAAUCCCUUUACUUUUUAGUUUUUACUACAAUCAGUUUUUUUUUUUUUUUUAACGCAUCGACUUCUCUAAAAGAUAUGCUGGUGGCAGUUUCAAAGAGCUUGUGCGUUCUGCUCUCCUGCAUAUUGCUGGAACCCGUGUUUUCAGUGCAGAGUCAGAUGUGUGACAUGGUGAAGGAGAUAGAGAAGGAGAAGGACCUGUGUGAGGCUCAGAUUGAGAACAAAACGACAGGUUGCAGUGGGACAUGGGACAAGAUCACCUGCUGGCCCAGUGCCGAUGUUGGAGAGCUGGUCACCAUCCCUUGCCCCAAAUAUCUCUUCUACUUCUCCAGGAAUGUUCCCAGACGUAACCUGUCAAAGACCUGCACUGAGGAUGGCUGGACCCCAAUCAGCUUAGACUCCUACAUAAUGGACUGUGGAUACAACCCCAACAACACCAUAGAUGAUAAUACGUCGGGGAAAUUCUUCGACGCCAUCAAAGUUGGUUACACCAUUGGUCACAGCGUGUCCCUCAUCUCUCUGACGAUCGCCAUCAUCAUACUGUUUCUCUUUCGGAAGCUGCACUGCACAAGAAACUACAUCCACAUGCAUCUUUUUGUGUCUUUCAUACUGAAAGCUGUGGCUGUUUUAAUGAAGGACGUGGUUCUGUAUGAAGUCGGAGAGACAGACAAUUGCCAGUCACCUGUGAGCUGCAAGGCAGUGGUGGUCUUCUUUCAGUACGGGGUCAUGGCGAGUUACUUCUGGCUGCUGGUGGAGGGCCUUUAUCUUCACACUCUGUUAGCCGUUUCCUUCUUCUCUGAGAGGAAGUACUUCUGGUGGUACAUCCUGAAUGGUUGGGGGGCUCCAACCAUCUUUAUCUCAGCAUGGGUGAUUACAAAGGCUUAUUUAAAGCAUCCUGGAUGCUGGGAGAUAAUCGACGACAGCCCAUGGUGGAUCAUCAAAACACCUAUUUUAGUCACCAUACUUGUGAACUUUUUCCUCUUUAUCUGUAUAAUCCGGACUUUGCGGCAGAAGAUGAAUUGCCCCGACAUUGGAAGAAAGGAAUCCAAUCAGUACUCGAGAUUGGCUAAAUCCACUCUACUGUUGAUACCCCUCUUUGGCAUAAACUACAUCAUCUUUGCCUUUAUCCCUGACCACAUCCACCCACAAGUGAGGAUGGUGUUCGACCUUAUUCUGGGGUCAUUUCAGGGUUUUGUCGUUGCAGUUUUGUACUGCUUCAUGAACGGAGAGGUGCAGGCGGAGAUUAAGCGUAAGUGGCGCAGAUGGAUGCUGCAGAGGUUCCUGGUUGCUGACACUAAGUAUCAGCAGCCCUCCAUGGGCAGCAACGGCAACAACUUCAGCACCCAGAUCACCAUGUUUACCAAAUGCAGCCCUACAACACGCCGGGCCUCUGAGUGUCAGGAGCACCUCUCUGUCAUCUGAAAGCCAUCUACGGUUAAAACCAUUUCUCUGUUUCUAUUAUAGGGUACUAAGGUGUACGCACAAGCACUGUUG